CUUUUCUAAUCGCGACAGUCAUCUUUCUUGUUUUUUUUUCCAUCAAAUUCGAGGUUUUCUCCGGUGAAUCCGCGUUCCGUCGUCGUCGGGAGUGUGGCCACCGAUGUGUGUGUAAAUGUUACCGAAAGCCAAGAUGCCAGCGCUCGCACGGGACAGUCACGUGGUGAAGAUUGCGGUGGAGUUCGAGUCCGGAAUCCCGCAGCUGAUUGAGUUUGACCAGCGGACCCCUUUGUCGUCGAUAAUCGAAGGUUUGUGUUCGUUCUGGGUGAUUAAUGAUUCGGAAUCGUACGCGUUGCGGUUUGCGGACGCUAAUAAUUACGUUACGGAGAAGAACCGACACGACGUGAAGAAUGGUUCCGUGCUGAAGAUGGUCUUUUCGCCGUCGAAAACGGCGGGGGAGAUUCUGGCCAAGUUGCAGGGAGGGAAGCUGGACGAGAUGACCAGGGUGUUGGCCGAUUUGCCAGGGCUUAGUGCGGACAUUACGUUUGCGUUGGAGUUUAUCAAGGAGCACGGGCUGAACUUGAUUAUUACGAUUAUUGAGGACACCGGAUAUCCGGUUAACAUUUUGAAAAUGGCCUUGUCUUCGUUUGUCAAGCUGAUGGACCAUGGCACGAUUUCGUGGGACAUUCUGCAGCCGUCGUUUAUAUCGCGAAACAUUUCCUUCCUGAAUGGGAGCUUUAACGCGGAGAUUGUCCAGUCGGCACUUUCGAUUUUGGAGAAUAUUGUCCAGAACAGCAGCAACUUUGCGCUAGUUGAGAAGGACGUGACGCUGGAGGUGCUGCUGAAGCUGCUGCAGGACGCUCCGUCGCACAACACGAUCGCGCUGAUCAACGCUCUCUUCAUCAAGGCGGACAAUGCCAAACGGCAGAACAUUGCGGCCACUUUCAGCUGCAAACAGUAUCGCUCCAUCAUCAACAGUGUCAUCACGACCAACACCGGAGCGGAAAUCUCCCACCAGCUGUACGUGCUGCAGACGCUGACUCUGGGUCUGCUGGAGCAACGUAUGAAGACUCCGAUCGAUGCCCAAGAUCCGGAUGGCCAGGAAAAGAUCAAGGAACUUCGUCGAAUCGCGUUCGAAGCGGAAGGCAUCGACCCGAUUCCGGACGUGACGGCGCGUCGUGCCCACGGCAGCUCGUACUCGACCUAUUACAAGAAGUUGGGCUUCAAAUGUGACAUCAAUCCGGCGCAGGACUUCCUGGAGACUCCGCCUGGUGUUCUCGCGCUAGACUGUAUGGUUUACUUUGCCCGUAAUUACACCCAAAGCUACACCAAAGUGGUUCACGAAAACAGCUGCCGCGCCGACGAGCACGAGUGUCCCUUUGGCCGGACCAGCAUCGAACUGGUCAAAGUCCUGUGCGACAUCCUGCGCAUCGGUGAAUCCCCCUCCGAGCACGGCCAGGAGUUUCACCCGAUGUUCUUCACCCACGAUCACCCGUUCGAAGAGUUCUUUUGCAUCUGCAUCGUCGUGCUGAACAAAAGCUGGAAGGACAUGCGUGCCACGACCGAAGACUUUGUCAAGGUGUUCAGCGUGGUCCGCGAGCAAAUCACGCGCAGCAUCACCGGACGACCCGCUUCCCUCGAGGACUUCCGCAACAAGAUCAACACCUUCACCUACAACACCAUCACCCAACUGCGCCAACAGGAACGAACCUCCCGUGAAGAGUGCGAAUCAACCGCGUCGGCCAUCGUCUCGCUCAAGGAAAAAAUCACCCCGGAAAUCAUGUCCCUCAUCAAGGAGCAACGCCUCGGCUAUCUCGUCGUCGGAACGCGCUUCUCCAAGUACAACGGAGGAAAGCGCGAACGGGACAAGUACUGGUACGCCCGACUCUCCCCCAACCUCAAAGUCAUCCACUACGGCGAUUGCGACGAAAAGAACGUCCCCACCCUCGAGGAACUCAACAGCAAACUCCCCGUCAUCGACAUCCGCCAAAUGCUCGUCGGAAAGGAGUGCCCUCACAUGAAGGAAAUGCGUGCCAAAAAGUCAACCUUCCCGCUUGGAUUCUCCCUCGUCACCGAGUCCAGCGACCAGCAAACGCUCGACUUUGUCGCCCCCGACGAAACCACGUUCAACUACUGGACCGACGGAAUCAACGCCCUGCUGGGAGCGGCCAUGGUCAGCAAGCAAAAGGACGACGACUUCGAGACGCUGCUGUCGAUGGAGAUCAAGCUGCGCCUGCUGGACACGGAAGGGGUGGACAUCUCGAAGGAUCCGCCGCCGAUUCCGCCAGAGCCGGACAAUUACGACUUCUGCUUCGACAGCUAAGGUAAUCGCGUGCAAUUUUUACAUAUCUUUUUUUCUGUUUAUUUUGAGUAUUGUGGACCCCGCCACAGAUGAAGCCAAAGUUUAAAAAGUUUUGUGAAGAAAAUAUGCUUUUAUCAUACAUUUAGAUAUCAAAAUUUUAUUUCCACUUAAGAUUAAAAAAAUAUCAUUCCACUUGGUCUGAAAUUAUGUUCUCAAAUAGACAGCAGUUGAUACAGAAUCUACCGCACAAAAAAAGAAUCAAGUAAAAUAAAAUAUUGAAGGCCCAAGAAAACGCGUGGCAACUUUUCUCAGUGCAAAAUUGUGUUCGUGUUGUUAGCUCAACUUGCGUGCAAGUUUUGCUGCAGCUUUCCCAAUCGGCACUGUCAGGUAUCGCAUUGUUCUCCCCUUCUCCCAGCUUGCUGAUACCCAGUCUAGACGUUCCUUCAAAGAUCUGGCAGAAGUCUGACAAAAAUCUCAACUCUAUUUUGGCUGGAUUUUGCGAAAAGGUGUUUGUAGUGCUGUUGUUGUCAGUUCUAACCGCUUUAAGUUGCGCAUUCUUUUUGUGACCUAACCCCCAAGCAGGGUUGCAAGGUUUCCUGAUAAAUCUUUUUUUUUAUAAUGCCAGGUAAAUCUUGGGAUGCCAGAUAUUUCACGUGUCGGUCAGAAUAAAGAUUCAUAAUUGUUUGACAGAUUUUACAUUUUCUGACAAUUUCGACCAUAUUUUCAAUUCAAAUGUUAGAGUUUAGUUAAAAAUUCAUGAAAAACAGUCAAUAUUCAUUUUAAUUAAAAUGUAAAUUCAACCGUUUUAAGGCCAAAAACUUACAUCAGCCAUCAGAAUUUUACAAGCUUUUGAAUUCGUAUUCAUUUGUAAAAUUUUCGUCUGCCAGAAUUUUCCAGAUUUUCUUCCGGUGUAUGGCCAGAUUUCUAGAGUAAAUAUUCAAAACAACCUAUGAGUCAUGUGUUUCCUAGGCAGAUAGGACCUUAUGAAAAUUUAAUCUAGAUUUUUGCAAUUUUGACCCUACCCCCGAAAAAAGUUGACACGUAUAACGGUGCGUGCGCUUGAGAUUGUUGGAGAAAAAUAAAAAAAGGUUUAAAUAUUAGAAAAAAAUAUCAAACAUUCGUAAUCAAAAACUUUUUAAUUUCAGAAAUUCAGACAAAAUGUGCAAAUGCAAACGCAAAUUUCAGUCGCUCAGAAUAAGCAAAUUCAAAUUAUAUGUUUUUUUCAUCAGUAAACGUCAACUCUGUACGAAUUGCUGCCGAAAACUUCAUCUUUUUUUUACGCGAUUACUAAAGAUUUUGAAGAAUUACUAUAUUUUACUUUUUUAUAAAUUUGAGUUAAUUUAUUUACUUCUAGGGAAAAUAAUGUUUUGAUUUUUUUUAUAAUUUAAAUAAAACUUCGUCUCAAACUAACUCUCUGUUCGUUCUUCUAAAAUUCCGACAUUAAACAAAUAUUAAAUUUAUUCAAAUUUACAACGAGUCAUUCCUUUUUUUAAGGUUAAAUUAAAAAAAAAGAACGAGCAAAAGAGCAAUUAGGAGAUCUGAAGAACCUUUCAACAGAUAUAAUUUCAGUUGCCAUUUUACAAAUAGGUACACGAUGUUUUUAAAUUUUUAUGUUUUGUGAUAUUUAAAGUCAAACUCCAUUUGAUUUAUGCAAUUUGUUAAGAAAUUUUAUUUCUCAAGCAUUCAAGCCGACGGAAUCUGCUAAACAUUAUGUAAAAAUCGUGAUUCUCUCCAAAAAUACGGCCUCAUUAUUUCAUAGGGUUGAACAAAUACAUCUGCUGCUGUCUAUUUUGGGUUGUGUAUGGGAAUGGUUUGUCUGCUAGGCUAGAAUGAGAUUUACACAAUAACAAAAAAACACGUUCUAUUGUGCAAUUUAUCGAAGCUACGUACGCUACACACAUACAUAUUUAGCACACACACACACGUGUGUGUGUGUGAGCGCAUUUCGUAUUUUACUAUAAUGAUAAAUUGUUCAGUAUUUAAUAUUUGUUCUAUGGUAGUGACAUGCUAGAGAGGGUAACGUAACAGUUGGUCUUUUGAUGGAUUAGCUACUUAUUAUUUUCAGUUUUCAACAAAUAUAUAAUCAUUGUUUAACAUCUAUUUUAAAGAGUUUCUUUUAUCUGAUAGCGCGCUAAGUUUAUGUGUAAGAAUCAUAACAAAUCCUCUCGAUCCGAAUAUCGACUAUACUUAAACGUAAAACAUUCGAUGCAUGCAUUAUUAAACUAAACUCAUUAAAUAUGUAUUGACAACAAAGCAACAAAUACUGGAAUGGUAGCGUAAAAUAGACAACGGAACACAACUUUAUCGUGUAGGUAUCGAAACAUUUGAAAAGUAUAAUAAACGUAUUUUAUACCCAAUGAAAAAA